GAUGGUCAGGGUCUAUGUCACUGGUCGGUGGUGAGUUGCGCGAACCGGUUUUAAGCGCAUGGUCCACACACGGGCUGGCGAAACGGUUUUGAGUUCAAGUACACAACGGCCCCUCUGGCGCCCCAAUGGCUGAAGAAGCGCAAAAAACAGCAGCUGAAACCAUCGAAGCAAUAAGCGCAUUGCAUUAGACUGAUGCAAACCGUUGCAUUAGAAAGUGAAAGCGAUUGUGCAGUUCAGUUGCAUCGCGGGCGCAUGCGAAGCCCAUCGGAAGCCCAGCGCAUCAGUUUUGCACGGACUGCCGCCGCGAUGGCUUCGGGCACGGGCCACAACACCGACCAGCUGUCCGUGGACAAGUGUCCUUCCCGGUACGAGGCAAACGACACCGUGCUCCCACUACCGGAAGUGCACCGUACGAUCGCGCACCAAGAGUUGGGCGAAACGGACGAGCUUCGGGAAGCAUCGCUGGCUGCGUUUCGCGCGUGGAUCGCAACCCAUCCGCACAUACGCAGAUGUCGCACGGACGCACUGUUUCUGCUGCGGUUUCUGCGUGCCCGGGCGUACAAUCUGCAGGCGGCACAGACCACCCUCGAGCGGUACCUAACGAUGCGUCAGCUGUUUCGGAUUUGGUACGAAAAUCUGGACCCGCACGAUCGCUACAUGCGCGAGCUGGUGGAGGAUGUGCGCGGCUGUUUGCCGCUCGGGGUGGACCGUGCCGGACGGAUGGUGGCGCUGGUGAAAGUCCGCAGCUACGAUGUGACCCGUUUCAACUGUUACCAUCUCGGCCGGCUGCAGCACAUGCUGUUCGAGGCGUUCUUCGACGAUGUGGCGGUACAGAUCGGGGGCGGGGUCGCGAUCGUCGACUGCGAUGGUGCCAGCAUGGGUCACUUUGUGUGCUUCAAGCUGUCGGACAUCAGGAAUUUCAUGGACUGUCUGGCCCAUGCACUGCCGGUGCGUGUGAAGGAGGUGCACAUCGUGCGGUUGCCCCGCAUCGGGCAGGCCCUCGGCAAUUUGGUGCUGAGCUUCGCCGCGGAAGAACUUCGAAGCCGUAUUUUCUUCCACGCCACCAUGGAUGAGGUUUUGAAGUACGUCGAUCGGGAACUGUUGCCGGUGGAGUAUGGCGGAAAGACGUGCCCGGAGGAGAUCACCGGCAGUUUGAAACGACGGUUAGCUAGCAAACGGGACACGCUACUGCUGCUCGAUCGUAUGGAGAUCGAUGUUGCCCCGUACGCACACCUUUGGCGUCAAUCCGACGAGGGUGACGUGGAGUUCGGAACGGAGAUCGACUAGCCACGAACACGCAACUACUUUGCUCCGGCGGGGAAAUCUCGCCCGCGAGAUCGAUCGGGAGUGACGAUCAAUUGCAUAAUGGAGCAUGCUUUCAGGCACGUGACACGUCGGUAGGUUGGGUGCAUUCAUUACCGAAGGUAAGUGAGGCCAGCUUGAAUAAUCACACACAUUAUGCAGGUGAUCGUAUCACUCGAGAGUUGCACUUGUACUAGCGGCUUGUACUUGUAUUGAUUGACCGCACUACGCUGGGCGGUUGAUGCUGUUAGGUCAUCGUUCGUAGCUGACGACCUGGAGCGAUCUUAUCUAUCAGGAAUGUAAUUUUUUGUAAUACGGGGGUAUUUUUUGUGCAAAUAAGUACAUCAUACAAGCACGUUUAAUCACUGGUUUUUGUGAGGUUAAUAUUGAUGCUAUUUCUGAAUAAAAUCAUCAUCUGUUUGUAUAAGA